GCAAGCAGACAGCCGCUAAAGCACUGUGGAUCAGUGAAGAAAACUACCCACUACAAGAUGACUGGUUGCUCAGAACUUAACUUCAAUGUGGACAGUGGGUAUCUGGAGGGCCUGGUCAGAGGAUUUAAGGCUGGAAUCCUAAAACAGGCAGAUUAUCAGAACCUGGCUCAGUGUGAGACUCUAGAAGAUUUGAAAUCGCACCUGCAAAGCACAGACUACGGCAACUUUCUAGCCAGUGAAAGUGGUGAGCUGACUGUGUCUGUGAUUGAUGACAAGCUGAAGAAAAGGUUGCUGACAGAGUUUUGCCACCUCAGAUCACAAUCCUUAGAACCGCUGUCCACCUUCCUCAGCUACAUCACCUACAGUUAUAUGAUCGACAACGUCAUUCUGCUCAUCACUGGCUCCCUGCGGCAGCGGUCAGUUUCAGAACUACUCCCAAAGUGCCAUCCUCUGGGCCAUUUUGAGCAGAUGGAAGCAGUCAGCAUUGCACAGAGCCCGGCUGAACUCUUCAAUGCGAUUUUGAUUGACACCCCUUUAGCUCAGUUUUUCCAAGACACUUUAUCGGAGAAUGACCUGGAUGAAAUGAAUGCUGAGAUUAUCAGAAACAAACUGUAUAAGUCUUAUUUAGAGUCAUUCUACAAGUUCUGUAGAGAGGAAGGCGGGGCAACACAAGACAUAAUGUGUCCCAUCCUAGAGUUUGAAGCUGACCGGAGGGCUUUUAUCAUCACAGUGAAUUCCUUUGGCACAGACCUCAGCCAGGAUGAGAGGAGGAAGUUGUACCCAUCCUGUGGGAAGCUCUAUCCCCAGGGUCUCAGCAUGCUGGCCAAAGCAGAGGACUACCAGCAAGUGAAAGCUGUGGCAGAUUACUUUGUUGAAUAUAAACUGAUUUUUGAGGGAUCCGAGCCAGGUUCUAUUGAGAAGACACUAGAGGACAAGUUCUUUGUGCAUGAAGUAAAGUUGAAUACCCUGGCUUUCUUGAACCAGUUCCACUUUGGGGUGUUCUACGCUUACGUGAAGUUGAAAGAACAAGAACACAGGAACAUCGUGUGGAUUGCAGAAUGCAUUGCACAGAGACAGAAAAGCAAGAUUCACAACUACAUCCCCAUUUUCUAAAUUAACAAACAGGACAGAAAGGCAACCAAUAGCUUAGCAAUUGUGUAUUAACCUACAGACAUCAAUAUAUUUAAUUUGUCUUUCACUGUGAACUUAAUAACACACUUUCAGAACAAGGAUAUACAAAAUGCAGCACAUAUUUUGUAGAUGGACAUAAUACAUAUACAAUACAAAUAGUGUGUUUAGAAUGUCCUUUUCAUUUAUUCCACUUUUUAUUUUAUAGACAACUUUAAACUUUCAAUUGUGUGUGGAGAAGCUGGAUGCAAAUUCUGUGAAUGCUUUUACUGUCCAUUUAAAUUUUUGCUGUACAUCCAAAAAUACGUGUUGGAGCUAUCUUAAUGGAACAUAAUAUAAAAUACCCGAGACAUUCAUUUUAAUAAAUGAACCGAGUUCAUCACAAACUCUGUUACACUGUAGUAGUGUUACACUGUAGAAAAACAUGGAAGACUCGUGUGUGGAGUGUUGCAUGUCUGUCCCAUGUUUGUUUAGGCUGUUAUUUAUCCUGAGCUGGGCUGGAUUCUGUCACUGUGGGGAAAAAAUGCAUUAUUAUGUAUAAAAAACAUUUUAUUUACAGUACUUAGUACUUAGUGUUGCACUGAGGUUGUGUUGAAAAGCAAAGA